GUGAAUUUGACACGUCUAUUUAUAAACAGAAAGUUUUAUUUAGCUCUGUAAAAAUGACUUCCGGCAAUUGGUACCUUGAAUUUCAACCGAAUUGUGUUGAAGAGCUGGCUGUAAAUCCACAAAAGUUUUAUGAAGUUAAAAACGCUGUAAAACAAAUUUUCGAAAGAGUAAAUAACGAUAAAUGUUUAUUAGAAAAAAAAUUGCUUGUCCUAAAUGGACCACCGGGUAGCGGAAAGACAACAACUAUUAAUUUAGCUAUUAAAUCUAUCAAUCAAGAGACUGAACAGCAUGGACUUCGGGGAUUAAAUGUGCUGCCUUAUAUUUGUAUAAAUAGAUUUGAUCCAUAUCCUAUAGGUUCUUCUCACCCCGAUUUUUAUGAACCAGCAAUAACGAGAUUUAAAGACUGGAUCAAUGAUAAUGUUUGGUUUGCGACACCAGAAGCCCUGAAAAAUAAUUUCAGAGCGCAAGUUCUAUUGUUGGAGGAUUUACCAUUUACGUCCAAUGCUCCAAAUUUUAAAGAACAACAAUCUAAGUUUGUUCAAGAAAUAAAAAAUUAUUUGAGAAGAGAUGAUGUAAGAAUGCCGAUUAUUUGGACAAUUACGGAAACAAGCAUUAAUAUUGAGGAUUGGAACCAUGAAGAACGUAAAUUAGUUGAUACAGUAUACAAUACUGUGCAUGGUGAUAUUCUUGAAGAUAAAAAAGUGACACAUAUUAGAUUUCGUCCGGUUGCGCCAACUUUUUUAAAGAGGGGAAUCAGAGCAUUCUUGAAUUUGAAGUUUCCCAAAAAUGAAGCUAUCAAAAGAGAAUGUGUAAUGAAAAUUAUGGACCAAGUUAUCGAAAGUGGUGUAAAUGAUAUUCGUCAAGCACUGAAUUCUAUACAAAAUGCUUAUACACUUAUGGAAGUUACAGAGAAGAUACCAUCAUUCGUAUCACCUCACAGAUAUAACAAAGCUGGAAAGUUACUCCAUGCUCCUCGAAAGCCUUUUAAUAAUACUCGAUCGUCUGUAAAGCUUCCUCAAGAAACGAUGUCUGAAAUGCGUUCUAUUAUAAAUGAAAAUAUAAAUUUUGAAAAUCAAGUGGACCAAUUUGAAUGUCUGGAUCUUGUUUUUGAAGUUAAAAAAACAAAUUCAAAGCCGAGAAGAAUAAUUCGCAAUAUGCAGAUUGAUUACGAGAAGUUUGGUGAACUGGCUUUUUCAAAUUAUCUUGAAUUAUAUUCUAGCGAUGCUGAACUCGCACGUGCAUCUGAAGUAUUUAGCAAUUAUGAUUUACUAUAUGCUAAAAAUUACAAUAAAAGAAACUGUAGUUUGAUUCUGAUGAAUGGUUUAAUAGAUUCUCGAAUACAAGACUCUCCAAAAAAAGGUUUUGUUAUUCAUAAGGGCAGCAAUUCAUUCAAGUUUAAUCAAAGCAUGCGAGAAAAUAACGAACUACUUUGGUCAAUAAAACGCGGUAAACAACGGCUUUUUGAGAAAGAUGCAAUUGGCACACAAAAUACAGAGUUUAUUAUGACAAAUCAUAGUAAAGAAGAUCUUACUAUGUUUGUGCUACCGUAUUUGAGACGAAUGAGUAAAUUCGAUAAAUCAAAUGUUUUAAAAAUUUCUUAUGACGGAAAAACACGUUUGAAAGAAUUUGGUAAAUUUCGACAUAGUGGCAAAAGAAAAGAAUGAUUUGUUGGUUAAUAAUAUAUAACUUUAAAAUCAUAAAAGCUAUUGGUACAUUAUAUUUCUUUUUUUCUUCAUUGUAUCUCUCCAUUCAAAUUUUAAGAUGGCGCUCAUAAAUUCAAGUAUAAUAUAUGUGCAUGUACCAAACAUCUGUUUUCUGAAACUCUUUAUAAUUAUAAAUCUGUUCGAAAUUCGUGGAUGAUCUGGAUUCUUUCAAGGUCACCUGGACAAGCAUCCAUCAGAUACUGAUAUUUCUUCAGGUUUUUGUAGUCUCAUAUGUGGGAUGAAUACAAUAUGCAUACAAUAAUACUCUUUAUAUCCAAGAAAAAAAUGGUCCUGACAAUAAUGCUUUGGCUUAUAAAGUGUAAAUCUGAAUUGUGUAACCUCAACUUCUUCAAAAAAAUUGUGGCUCGCUAAAUAACAUACGCUUUCUUCAUAUUGCU